AGGAUAUAGCCGUUGGGGGGGUACACGUGGCGCGUGAUGGUUGGCUGUCCGUGGGCGGCGUCACCGGUUGGGCGAAGACACGGCGUGUAAUGAUGACAGUCCAUCCGGAGGCCCGGUUUCCAGGCCCAAGCCCGGAUUCCAGCGCCUAUAAAUACCCAUGGUCGGGCUUCCUUCCCCUUGUGCGAAAUCCUUAUAGCGAAGCUCUGCCAAAUUUUCUAGAGAGAGAAACAGCAGCCCUCGAUCAGAUUCUAAGGUCAGUUCUCCACUCGCACUUCACCUCUUAGCUAGCUGUCUUUGUGGCCUUAGAUUAGGUGGGUAGCUUAGAGUACUUAGUGUCUCUGAACCCUCGACGUAGUAUAGCAAUGUCUUCACAGAGUGAUUCUCAAGACAUCUCGGGGGCGCCCUCGAUGGAGGAUGAAGUCAUCUCGGAUGUGGAGUCCUCAAACGAACAGUCCUCGGCCCAGGAGGAUGUCGCGAUGGCAGUAGAAGUGCAGAAGGAGCUGUUGGCUGAAGUUGAAGCCGAGGGCUUCGAGCAGGAGGUGGAAGACGAAGAGCUGGCCCUCGCCAUGCAGGUUGCAGAGGAGGAGGAAGCAAAGGAGAGGACGAGGGUGACCGUGGUCGUCCUUCCCCCUCGGGGUGCCAGUGAGGCCAGCACCUCUCGGCCGCUGAACGCGGUUCCCAUCCGGGUGGCCCCCGGAAAGAAGAAGGCCAAGGUAGCUGCUCCCAAGAAGAAGGGCAGCGUUGCAGAUCAAGGGAAGCCCCUUGAUAUGCCCGAGGGGUACUCCUGCCUGAACACUGCCGCCUUGGAAAUAAGGUCGAAGGUUGAUGCGGCGGACAUCUACGUCACUCAGCUUCACGUGGGCCCCUCGGCCAUCGUAGUGACACCGGGUCCAGAUGACGUCCUCUCCCGGGCUCCCGAGGGCUGUAUUGCGGUGCACGUUCUCUCGGUGUCCAUGGGGCUCCGCUUCCCCCUGCACCCUUUCCUCCGGGAGUACCUCCGGUUCGUGGGUCUGGUCCCCUGCCAGCUGACCCCGAACAGCCAUUCCUACAUUACUGGCUUCCUCCAGCUCUGCAAGUCCCGGGGGGUGACGCCUAGCCUGGACCUCUUCUUCCAGAGCUUCAAUCUGUGCCGGGGGGGCAUGCGAAUGCCGAGGGCUUCGCAAACUUGCAGCAGGUGGCAAUGUUCAAGCUCUUCACUGAGGCGCCUUCCUCGAACAAGGGGUGGAAGGACCGGUGGUGCUACGUGAAGCUGACCGAGAGCCCCUUCCCGAGGGAGUUGCGUGACCGUUUCAGGAGGCACGAGAAGAGGAGGAGCGCCACCCUCGAGAAAGACAGCAGGAUUCUGGCCACGAUCCCGGAGGGCCGGGACAAAAAUAUUACCAUUAAGGAGUGCACCAAGGAGGAAGAUCUCUACACCCUCGGGUUCUGGCGGUACCGCUUCCUGGGAAAAACAGAUGAGAAGUUCCCGGUGUUUGAGGGAGCCUCCGGAGGUAUCCCAGUGAAUAUGAUGAACGUCAAAGGCCUUGCUCGAUUCAAGAACAAGCCGGCCAAGGAUCCGAAGGGGUCGGACGCGGGCGGCCAAAAGGCCGUCGGUGCGUUUUUCAAGAAGCCCGAGGGCGAUGCUGCUGCCGCGAAGAGGAAAACAACGGCAAAGGAAUCCCCCCCGGCUAGCAAGAAACCGAAGAAGGGGGACACCACGAAGAAGGACCCCUCGGUGGUGAUUGUGGAUGAUUGCCCCGCCUCCGGGGUGCACGAGGAGAUGCCGUUGGCGAAGGUGCCGAGGGGUGUCCGGGAGCCAUCUCCCGAGGUCCUUACGCUCUCCCUCCCGGCUGGUACAGCCGUGUUGAAUGGCACAGCUGACCCGAGGGCGCUUCUGAGAGGUAUAACCCUCGAUAUUGACAGGGCAGCCCUCGGGGCUGAUGAUGACCAAGCCCUCGAGGACAGGAUCCUCCGGUCUUCCCUCACGACCUGCAUUGCCCUCGGAGAGCAGGCCCGACGGCUGGAGGAAUGACGUCUCCACAAAGCUGGGCAAGACGCAAAGAUGAAGGAGCUCAUUCUCAAGGACUCCAAGGCCACGAAGCUGAUGGCCCAGCUCGAAGAGGACCUCCAGCUUGCGAGAGCGGAGGCCGGAAGGCUUAGGGAGGAGAAAGCCAAAGCUGAGGAGGCUGCUGCGGAGGCCGCAAAGAAAGCCGCCGAGGAGGCCGAGGCCGUCAGAGCGAAGGUUGUCGUCACAGCCCGGGAGGAGGCCAUCUCCGGGUUCCUGGAUGGGGGGUGGAAGGCCGAGGGACACAAGGAGUGGCUGUCCUCGGUUGUGGAGGCCUCAGUCGAUGAGUGGUGCGAGGGCCCGGGAGAGGAAUGGAUGGCCCGAAAGGGCAAACAAUAUUAUGAUGGGGGCGAGUUUUUCACCCAAGCCCUCAUCUACCGGAGGAUGGCUCGCCACUUGAAAAUUGAGCCGAAGGACUUCGACCCGGCGGCAUACGGGCUUCCCCCCUGCAGCCAGACAUCCGUGUUCCUCUCCCCUCUGAUGUCGAGAGGCCAGACCUGGAGGACACCGAGCUCCGGAAGGAAGCCGAGGGUGACGAACCUGAGGCCGAUGCAGAGGUCACUUCGAAGCCAUCGGAGGAGGCGGCCCCCGGGAAUGAUGUUGUUGAUUUGUAAUCUGUACUUAGUAAAUGGAACACACUUUGUAAUGGUCACAUUCUUAUGCUUUCGGCCCCGACCAUCAUUGUAACAA